CCACUCCAUAAGGACUAUCAAUCCAUAAGCUACAUCGUCUAAUAUACCAAACAGGAAAUUUUACCAUUAAUUGUCAUGCACAUAUCGAUACCCUAAGAAAAUUGCCACGCGGCGCUCAUCGUUUAGUUGGACUGUGUACGAAUCUUCAUCAAUUGUUGCCGCUAGAUACAUCUUCUUCAGAGACCGCUAGAGACUAAACCACCCCUCGUGCCUUACUCUUCCAGUAAAUGCUACCUGCAAACCCCAAACUCCAUGGAUUUUCAUCCUUGAAUAAGCUCAUUGCCAUCAGCGUCGUCUUGGCUUACUCACGACGGAAGCCAUGGAACAUCACGACGGAGCUGCCGGAAGCAUAGACGGGGCCGGACCGACGUUUUGGCUGGCAAACGCAGAACUACUCCUCGCUUCCGGCGACUUCAUCGGUGCCAAAACCUUUGCAGAGCGCGCUCUCGAAGCCGAUCCCCUCGUUGCCGGAGCUGACAACUUACUGGCAGUCGUCGAAGUCCUUCUCUCCGCCAACCGCUGCCACGUCGACAACGUUAAUCAGAUCGAUUGGUAUUCCAUACUCCAGAUCGAGCCCUCCUCUUCAUCGGACCCCGCCGCAGUUCGCCGUCAUUUCCGCCGCCUCGCUCUCCUCCUCCGACCCGAACUAAACCAGCUUCCCUUCGCAGGUGACGCCCUAAAGCUCGUUCUGUACGGAUGGUCCAUUCUCUCUGACCCCGCUAAGAAAUCACUUUUCGAUUCCGAACGUCGAAUCUCUGUGCAGCCGGCGUCCACGAGAGAGCCUGAUUUCUGGUCCUCUUGCCCCUUUUGCCACUACGCUCACAACUACAACAGCAUCUACGAGGGACGAGAUGUUCGGUGCCAGAGCUGCCGGAGAUCUUUCCGUGCUGCUGCGUUGCCGGUGUUCUGGACGGCGUGCUCUUUUUGCUUCCACGUUUACGAGUACGAUGGCGCCUAUGAGGGCCGCACUCUUCGCUGCCAAACUUGUCGUCGGCCGUUUCGAGCAACCUCGCUUCUUUCGGCGCCGCCUAUUGUGCCUGGCACCGAUAUGUACUUUUGCUCGUGGGGAUUUUUUCCUCUAGGGUUUGAAUCGGAGGAUGGAGCACGGAAACAUUUCUUUUCCAUGGCUCCGGAGAAUCAUCCGCAGCAGGCUGAGGCUACCAAGGACAGAGAUGACGACAGUUUGGUGUCUGGGAAGAGGGGCUUGAUGUUGCAUAGGCAAGUAAUUACGAAGAAAAGAGUUGGAUUUACUUCAAGGAGGAGAUCUUUAGAUUCAGGAUUUGGCCCGAGUAGAGCAGGGAGGGAGACUAGGCCAGAGAACAUUGACAUUAAUAAGGAGUGGGAGAGCUGUGGUUGAUCUCCAUGGUUGCGAUUAAUUCUUCUCAAGUUUUAUUGUGGGAGUUUGGGGAAAUGGAGAGUGUUUGGGAAGAAGGUUGGUGAUUUAUACGGUUUCCAACUGCUAGUUAUGUAUAGAGAUUGAUGUAUAAGGGCAUCUCCAAUCGAAAAUCUCAUUUUUCACUCUAAAAUAUAGUAAAACUAAAAAAUGGAGUGAUUCAUCUCCAAUCGAACUUCAUUUUACGCCCUUUGUAGAAGCUAACCGUCUUUCUCUCUUCACGCAUUUCUUCGGCAAAUCCGGUAGAAACAGAAAAAUAAUUCAGGUGAACAGUGCAACGUCAAUAUUGACAUCUCACUGUUCACCGCAACCAAAUAUCGUAAGUUUUAUCGUUUGGCUGGAGCUCGCGAGCCCUCGCCAUUCAUGCAUUUGGAGUUCGGUUGGAGAAGGCCUAAGGCAAGUUAAGAUUGGUUGCUAUGGGGAACUAGAAAAGCCGUGCCUACCUUCUGUAGAGAAAUUAACCAAGGAUUAGUUUUCAUCAGUAAAUCUUCCUGCUUCAUACUUGCGAAUACAAGUUUAUUGUUUGGCAGGAUUUGUGAUAAAUCUUUCAUUAACUCCUACUCAAAUCCUGCUACCAAACAACCACUGAUUGCAUUUCCUAAACGAAAAGAAAGGAAAUUGAUUUGAGUAACAAACUUAAAGAAGAAUCUCCCCAUGAAUUACUACAGGAUUUUGUUAAUCAGAGAAACUGCAAUUGGAUUUUAUGGUUAGAUGAGAGCAGAUACAUCAUGUAAUAACCAUGGUAGGAACUGGCAGGUUCCAAAUCCAUCCUUUAAAAGGCUCUGUUCCUUAGUGGGGGAGGUGGCUAAUAGCAGCAUGUAAUAGCUUGUAGGAUAUCCUGAACAAGUGAAAAGAAGAUGGAUAUAUUCCAUUUCAACCUUCA